UGUCCGAAAAAUACCAACAAGAUGUUUGUUUAUUAUUAUUUUUUUUUAAAACCUUCCCCCCCCUACACGGUGUAGUACACAUUAUUAAAGCACUAUAAUUAUACAUUAAACCUACGGUGCCCUAACAUCAUCAAUAUUAUUAUUUUUGCUUUCGUCUCACGGCCAAUGCGGCGCUAGUUACAGUGCACUGUUGAUGCAUGUAAACACGGGCCAACGGGUUUCUCGCACACGCCACGAACAAUCAUUAUCGUCGUAAUCUUUUGCCCGCGCGCUAAAGACCGUUGUAAUAGUAAUGAUAAUAGUAAUAAUAGUAAAAAUAAAAUUGUUGACGAUCGCGUAAUAUUUUUGUUUUGUUCUCCACCGUUAAUCAUUAAUCGAGUAUUCGAGUGAUACACCUCAUUAAUACGGUAUUAGUAGUAUUACAGUGGUCGUCGCCGCGUACGGUCAUCGUCGAUUCUAGACCGCUCCGUGCCCAACAAGUGGGCAUAUCGACAGUUUAACGAGAAAUUAUAUAUUAUUAUUUCAGUGAGUCCGCGUUCCGUCGCGCAGCGUACCGUUUCGGUAUUUUCGUUUAGCGCCGACCACGCAGCGUCCGGAAAAAAACUCGGCCCCCGGGGAAACCGCGCUACAUCGAAUUCGGAAAUAAAUUCCGCGCGGGUAGGGGCCACCUGCUCGCCGACGUCGCGCGCGCUGUCAGAAAGUCAUGGCCGCGCGCUUUUCUUUGUCGUCCGCCUGUCGUCGUCGUCAUCAUCGCGUCGAAUCGUCGUCAUCGCCGUCGCUAAAGGAGGACCCACUACCGCUUAGAGCGCCGUGCGCCGUCGCCGCUGCCGCCGUUGCGGUCCCGCUGCUGCUGGACGUGGUCGUCCGUUGCCCGUCGACAAAAGACAAAUAAAAAUUGAGAAAAAAUAAGAAUUUUAUUACUUAUUUUUUUUAAAAAUUAAAUAAAUAGAAAGUGAUUUUUUUUAAUUCUUAGAAAGAAUUAAAAAUUGAUUGUAUAUGUUACAUUAUAAAGAAGAAAAAAUGAAUAACAAAGAGUAUACAAACUUUUUUGGCACAAUGGAAACCAAACGUGUAUUAAAAGCUGAUUAUCCUACUGAAAGUUCAUCAUUAGGGGUACCUAUACCUAUAAGGAAGAAUGGAGAUCUUAAUUCAUUACAAGAUUAUGGAUUUGAAUUAUUUGAUACAACAAAUGAUCUUAUUCAAGAUCCUAUGGUAGUCAAUAAUGCAGAUCAAAAUUUUUUCACUAAUGAUACUGGAUGGAUAGGAAGAUCUGAUGAAAUGUCUUUUAUAAAAAUGGAUGAAGACAUUUUUCAGGUGGAUCAAUCCGAUUUGCUUCAUGGACCUACAUUAGCAGAGUUAAAUGCCAAUGGUGGUGAAUCCUUAUUAGAAGACCUCAAUUUUGAUGAUUUAUUAUUACCGCCUGAUUCAGUAAAAUCUGAAAUACCUGACUCUGUCCCAUUAAUGAGUUCAUACUUGAUAGAUCAUGUAGUUAAUACCAGCCCUGUUAACCGACCAAGUUCUUCAAAGUCUGGAUUUCAACUUUCACCAAAUAGUUGCAGUUCACGUUCAUCACUUUCUCCUGGUUCAACAAAUUCAAUAACACUACAAGAACUCUUGAAGAAAGAAACAAAAUCACAAAAGUGUUUAUCUCCUCCUAUGUUUGGAACUAGUGUUCCAGGAUCAGGAUUUAUGUUGGCAAGCAGAUCAAGAGGAAAUCUUUCUUCGUCAGCACCCACUCAUCUUGGACUUGAACAAAUUUGGCAGUGUAGAGAACCUCGACAGCAUUUAUUAUCUACUGGAUCAUUAGUAGAAGCGGGAUCUACUUCCUCGCUUUCAACUGGAGGUGUGUUAAGUCCAGAAGCUUAUGAUUUUUCUUUGGAUGAAGCCAUUGAUGAUUCUGAUGAUGAUACAGAACAAGAAGAAGAUUAUUCAUCUGAUAAUGAUUCAGGCGGGGAUAGUGAUUGUGGUGGUACAUCUGCUAAAUCGUCUUCACAUAAAGAUAGAUUUUUUUGGCAGUACAAUGUUCAGUCUAAGGGUCCUAAAGGUCAACGAUUAGUUUUAAAAUGUAAGCUAGAGGAUCCACAUUGCUUAAACGAAGUUACUGAUCCAGUAUUUAGUCCAAAUUGCUCAAUACAAGGAAUUAAGCAUAGUGGUAAAGCAAGAAAGGGAGAUGGUAAUGAUUUAACUCCAAAUCCUAAAAAAUUGCAGUCAAUUGGUAGAGAAUUGGAUAAACUCAAUAGAAGUAUAACUGAAAUGACACCAGUCAGUGAGUUGCCAUUCAAUGUGAGACCAAAUACACGUAAAGAAAAGAACAAAUUAGCAUCCAGAGCAUGUCGACUAAAGAAAAAAGCUCAACAUGAAGCGAACAAAAUAAAACUUUUUGGAUUAGAAACCGAACACAAGCGUUUGAUUAAUGCUAUAGCUCAAGUAAAACAGAUGUUAGUCGCUAGAACAACAAGUGACUCAUUUCCAAAAGAAAGUCAAGAAUUGACAAAUGCCAGUGAAAAAAUUGCUAAAACUGCUACCAAAUUAAAAGUUGCCGGACAAACUACAGAAUUUGUGAACAAAGUUCUGGAGAACCAAAUUAGGUGCACGGCGGGGUGGCUUGGAUGAGCUAUAGUUGCCAAAAAUCAAGUACCAUUAAACUAGUCUUUUUGUAAGUUAUUAGGUUAAGAUAUUUUUAAAGAUGAUUGCCAAUAAACUCUUAUUAUGAUAAAGUUGACCACCAAAGGAGUCAUUAAUGUUAUUAUUGUAUCUGUUGUUUUUAUUUUUAAUACUAUUGAUUAAUGAUUAUAAAUUUUCAGUCAAUUAUAAAAUCCUACUACUUCCCAGAAAGUAUGUUAAUUUUUUUGAUAUUAACAGUAUCAUUACUGAUACUUUAAUUUUUAAUGACUUGAUUUAUCCUUAUAAAGUGUAACUGUUGUGUUUUGUCAAAAUAAUUUUAAUUUGUUAUUAUUUUUAUUAUAUUUUUUGCCUCUUUUGAGCAUAUAUUUUUACUACCAUGUAACUAUAUUCGGUUAUUAUUACUUAUUAAUUAUUAUGUGUUUAAUAUUGUUAAGAAAAGGUGUAUUGUUUAACUACAUGAUAAUGUGUCUGUACUUUUGAUUGAGUAAAACCAUUUCAUUACAGUAUUGUUCAAUACAUAGUAAGUUAACUUACUAUUAAAGUAAUUGUAUUGUUGAUAAAAUAUUUAUAUACAUUUGUACAAAAAUAAUAUCUAAAAAGAAAAAAAAAAUUAAAAAUAUUAAAUCAUAUAAACAAUUUAUAAAGAAAACUCAAUUUAAUGUACAUUCAUAGUAUUUAAAUAAUAACAUUUUUAGAUAUUUUUUAUGAAUUAUGGUUAUAUUUUUAAAUUUAAAAGCUCAAUAAUUUUAGAUUAAUGUUCAACAUUUUAUUAAUCAAUAUUGCGAUUUAAAAAUAAUGAAAAAACAAAUUUUGAAAGCGUUAAAAAUUACUAUCUAUGAUUUGUUGCUUUUAUUAAAUUAUUGUUUUUUGAAAAAUAUAAGAAUGUGGCAUCAAGGUUAUAUCUGACAACACUUUAAUGGGGUAUUAAAUUUAUAAAUAUAUAAAUAUAUUUUUUAACUAACACAAUUUUGAUUAAUAUUAAAAUGUAUCCAAGUUCAGUUAUUAUUAAAAAAAAAAAAAAAAACAAAAAAAAACUGAUAGUUUCUUAAAUAUUAAAUGGCUAUAUUUUAACAAAGCGAUAAUAUUCGAUAUUGAGUUUAAAUAUGUAUUACAAUUGUACCCUAUUUUUAGUUUUUAAAUUAUUUAAUAUUUUUUAUUUGUACUCCGAAAAUAAUAAAUAUAAAGAAGUUAUUUAAAGUUGGAUUGAUUGAAUGUCGUAUGACAAAUUUUAUAUUCUCUGUACUGUGAUUUUCUCUGAUCCGAGUGAAUUAUCAAAAAAUUAAAACUAUAUUUUUUUACUUUGAAGUUGCACUUAUUUAAUAUUAGUGAUAAUUUUCAGCUUUAAAAUUUUAUAAAUGUCAAUUUUACAGUUUAAUAUUUCUUUAUUUAGUUGCUUAACUAAACAAAAAUAAUGAAUGUUUAACAUGUUAUUUUUUAUCAAAAAACAAAUCUUAAAACAAUUAAUUUUUUAUUUUCUGAAGUAAUUCGUUUUUAAUUUAAAUCAAAAGUAUGACUUAGUCGAAUGUUGAGUUUGAUUAUGGCAUAAUAUAAGCAUAUUUCUAAUAAAAAUAAUAUUUGGGAUUUAUUAAAUUAAUUUAAUUAUUGAUCAUUAUGAUAUCAUAACUCUUACUACAAGUUAAAUAAUAAUACUAAUUCAUUAGUGAUAAAUAUAAAAUUACAAACAUUUUAAUGAUUUAAAUUAAUAGCACUGAAUAUAAUGUUUGUUUCUUUAAAAUCUGCUUUAUUAUAUAAGGUAUAAACAUUAAACUUAUUAUGCUAUUUAGGUUUUAAGUUAAAGUUCAUAAUUAACAAAUAUUUAUCUGUGAUCAUUUUACAUUUAAAGAUCACUGCUUUAGUAUUGUAUUUUUUAAUGUAUUAUUGCUCUUAAAUCAUAAAAUUAAUUUUAAAAUGUUAAUUUAGUUUUAUAUAAUUUUUACUGUAUAAAUAAGUACAUAAUUUUAAUUCAAAAGGGUUAAGUUACUAAUAGAUUCUGUUGGAAAAAUCUAGUUACCUACUCAGAGAAAUGUGAUAAAAACACGGGUUUGCUCAUUUUAUUAAAUAACAAAUAAAAAAAAAAAACCUUUUUUAUGAUUAUUAAAUUAAAUUCCAUUAAAUUGGGCUUCGCAAUUAUGUUUAUAUCACAUAGCAUUAUAUUUAUAAACAUAUUAUGCUUCUUCCAACAUUAAAAAAUGUACUUUCUUGUUGUAAUUUAAAGUCAAAUAUCAAAAUUAGUUAUUUUAUUGUACCAGAUUAUAAUUUAUAGGUCUACUUUAAUUUUAAGGUAUAUUAAAAAUGUUUUCUUUAGUAUAUUAAAAUGACUAAACUAUUGUUUUUUUUUUCAACUGUAUUCAUUUCAUUUAAAAUAUUUGGGAAUUUAUAUAAUAAAACAGCUUUAAAGUAAAUAUCAUAACAACCAUAAUUGUAUUAUCAAAAGUUAUUAAUAAUUAGUGUAUGUUUUAAAAUCUGGUACUUGAGGUUGAUUAGUUAGUUUUACGAUAGUUUUAUAAAUGUAAUUAUUUCAAAAGUGUUUGCAGGUUUAAGCCCUUGUAAAAUUGAAGAUGCUCAUUAAAAAUAAGAAAAUUAUACAUUUUGAAAGUAUAGAUUUAAAAUGAAAUUUUGUGUCAUGUUUGUGUUCAGUAUGUGAUAAAUCCAGCACCACUUACAGAUUUUUUAGUUAUUUUUAAACUUAACUAAACAGUUUAUACUCUUUAAACAAAAAAUACACAUUAUAUUAUAGUUAUGAUUAUUGUAUACAGUUGAUUGAGAUAUAAUAUUAAAUAUAUUUACUAAAGUUGUCGUUAAUGUUAUGUAGGUGUUUAUUGAAAAAAAAACAUAUUUAAAUAUUUCUCUAUCAAAACAAAACUAUAAUAUGUGAUUAUUAUUUUGUAACAGUCUUACUUUGUAUUGUGUUAAGUUUAUUUUUUUGUCAUGUAUUUUAUGCAAUGUAUUGUUUGUUUUUUUUUGUUAAAUGUUACAAGAUUAAAACGCACUUUAAUACUUGCCAAUGUAAUUUUCCAAUUUUAAGUAAAAAAUGCUGGAAAAUAUUACUAUUUUUUGAUUUAAUAAUAACAAAAAAUAUUUUUGUUGUUUUUGUUAUUUUGGUUUUAUUAUGAUUUGACUAUUAAAUUAUAAAAUGAUGCAAACAUUUAAGAAUAAGAAUUAUGUAAUAAAAUACUGAUAUUAUUAAU